CUAAAUACUGAAAUAAGCUGGAGAAGAUAGUUUCGUGAUUGACUGCAAAUCUGCAUCGAGCCGACAUCUGGCGAUGUUUAAUUGCGAGUUCGUUUUGCCGCGUCUGCACAAGCGAAUUUGAUCUCCGGCUACCGUCUUAUCUCGGUACGCAUUCCAAUUGCCUCUCGGUGUAUUCAGUGCGAUACAAACCGUUAACCAAGACGAUCGCGUUAAAUUGAGAAAGAAAAAAAAAAAAAAAGGAAAAGAAAAACGAAAAUGUACCCCACUGAAGGGCAUUACAUGGGGUUUUCCACGUGGUUGCAGUGGGUCAUCCACCGUGGUGGUUCGAGGACGAUCCUGACCUUGGGGGUGAUGGUAGGGGGUUUGGUCGGGUACAUAAACCCGACCAACGCCAUCGAAAUAAUCGAUAAUGUAUUUUUGUUGGCUGCAGGGCAUCUACCUCCGGAGCUCAUAGAGGCCCGGUGGUUCUACGAGGGUGCCCUGCAGACGACCGGGCAUUUUGAGGUGGUUAUGGCGCCGAACCACGAGCAGAUCGAGAUUCUCUCGGUCUGCCUCAUGGGGACGGCAGAAGGCCUCCUGAGAUUGGACGCGGGCUUUAAUGGAGCUGGAUAAUUAGAAAAAUUCGAUUUUGAGUACAUAUAUAAAAUUUGUCUUAUUAUUAUAAAAAUGUGUGGAAAAGGAAAAGUUUUAAUAUUUGAA